AGGGAGUAACUGACUGUGACUUGGGGGGCCAGGAGAAUUUGGAUGCUUGGAAAAUGAGGAUGUUUUCACUUGCAGAUAAAGCAAAAGUAGUAAGGAGGGGAGAAAGUCUCAGCCAAAGGGAAGAGCAGGUGCUAAGGCACUGGGGUGACCCUGUUCAGAAUAAGUGGUCCUCUGUCAUGAUAGGCAGAUAGCUUGUCUUGCUAGUGAAAGACUUAAAAUACUUCAUAAAAAAGUUAGUUUGGAGAGCUUUCUCUGGGACAUCGUAAAAGACAGCCUGGAAUGAGGUACUAAAGGCAGUCAGCCCAGUGAAGGGAGUUUGCAACAGAUCAGGUAGGUAGACCUGCAUUUAGUUACUAGUCACAGAAAUGGAGAGGGAGAGAUAUUGAAAAGUCAGGAUGCCUUAGCGACAGAUCCCUAAGUCUUCGGAACUUCAGGGCAGUACUGCCUGUGUGGGAACUCUCCCAUGUCUCCUUGAUUUCACGGCCACCUUUGCAGGCGCCCUCUCUCGUCUCGCCGCCAGCCCCCGCCUCCUUUCUCCGUAAGCUUGGGUCUCCCUGGGAGCGGGUCUGCCCUUGGGUGAGGCCUCUGGGCUCUGUGCCCUACAGCUCGGCCGACAUUCGGGGCAGACAGAAGCGGGGUUCGGCGCCCCCCGCGUGCACGUGUGCUAGCCCAGGCAGGAGGGAGCGCCUCGGCGGAGGAGUCAAGGAAGAGGGGAGGGAGAAACGCGCCAGAACCUCGGUCCCGGGCGCCCUGGUCGGCCGCGGAGGAGCUGCAGCCUCCAACAGGAAAGUGUGGUCCCUGCCAUGCUAUCUGCUCUGCUCACUGACUGAAGGCACCUGUAUCCCGGCUCUGCCAGGAAGCAAAGGUUGUCACAUCUUCCUGAGCCAGGCCAGCCAGCAGCGCUGCAUGCAAAUUCUGCCGUGGGCUAGGACACGCUAACCAGAGCCGGCGGUAUGGACUUCGUCAUGAAGCAGGCCCUUGGAGGGGCCACCAAGGACAUGGGGAAGAUGCUGGGGGGAGAGGAGGAGAAGGACCCGGACGCGCAGAAGAAGGAGGAGGAGCGGCAGGAGGCACUGCGGCAGCAGGAGGAGGAGCGCAAGGCCAAGCACGCCCGCAUGGAGGCUGAGCGGGAGAAGGUCCGGCAGCAGAUCCGAGACAAGUAUGGGCUGAAGAAGAAAGAGGAGAAGGAGGCGGAGGAGAAAGCAGCCCUGGAGCAGCCCUGCGAGGGGAGCCUGACCCGGCCCAAGAAGGCCAUCCCCGCAGGCUGCGGGGACGAGGAGGAGGAGGAAGAAGAGAGCAUCCUGGACACAGUGCUCAAAUACCUGCCCGGGCCGCUGCAGGACAUGUUCAAGAAGUAACCAGGCCCCCUGCCCCAGCCCACUCCACCUGUUACUACUUCUUUUUGGUUCUUUUCUUUUUAUUUGGUUAAGUCUCAAUUCUGAAGGGGAAAACCUCAGUUGGCCUCUGCCCCCCUUCCCUGGCCAGGGGCUCCUCCCCCUCAGCUCCCCCUCACACCUCCUUUCAUUCCAGGGCAUUCACCUGCACCCGACUCCCAAGUAGCUUGAAAAAGGGAAGACAGUCUUUCCCCAGUGGAGGUGAGGGGGGCGUUGAACCCAAGUCCAAAGGCACUAUGGGGCCCCCUCAGGAAGCCUAAGGUCAUGCUAGUAUGGUGACCCCCAUACAUUCCUUCCUGCUCCCCACUGCCAGGAGGACCACUGUCCCCAGCCAGCCAAAGUAAUGACACAUUCCAGCCCUGCCCAGCAUGCUGACCUUUGGCCUGUGACCCUCAGUGGGCCCCCAGGUCAGGGCAGGGGCACUGAGUGGCCUGGCUCUGAGGCAGGGAGUCAGGGGAAGGCCCAGAGUGAGAGACCCUGGGUCUGACCAGGCUGGUAUCUGGGCAGGAGGCUGGGACUCUCCUUCUUCCCUCUCCUUGGUGACACCCAGCCCAGGGGCACCCCCUCCCCCAGCCCCCACCUGGAGAGACAUGGCCCCUGCCAAGCUGGUCCUUCCAAAUGGAUCAUUUGUGGACUUUAGCUCACUUAUGGAGGAAGCCAGGUAGGGAGGCCCUUUGUUCCUCACCCUAACCCCAGUUAGGUCCCCCACUGCCAGGCUGGGCCCAGCUUGCUCAGUCAAGGGGCUGCUCAGGCCCCCAGAAAACACUUGGAGCCAUCGGGCAGCGAUGGUCUAUGCCAUGGGGAAACCCCCAACUGGUGUGGCCAUGCUACCCCCAUUCCUAUCCACCCCUCUCCCCACCAUGUCCUGUCCAUGCACUUCCAGGGCCCAUGAUCCCCAGGAGGACCUUUCCUGGCCAAAGCCCCAAGCCUUCGGUAAGAAACCAAUUCCCACUUGAUGAAGGCUUCCCUCCCUUCAUCUCAUUGGCCAAGGACAAACUCUCCUCUGGGAUGUCUGGGACUGGCAUUUGUCUCCCACUCAAAUUAUCAAGGCUUUCUGCUCAGUCAGUUGUGUGGGAAUGGUGGGGAAAGAGGGGUCAAAUGAGGGAGAAAACUGUAUCCAUGCAUGCUUGAUAGUGGCAGAGACUGCAUCAGAGAUUGUGUGUCCAGAAAUCAUAUGAGUAUGUGUAGGGUUAGAGUGUGUGUGUGCCUUGAGAUUGUGUGUGUGGCAGUUAUAUCUGUGUGUUACAGAUUGUGUAUUUAGUCUUGUCUAUGUGUGCCUGAUUGAGAUGUGUAUUUGAGCUGAAAUUGUACAUGUGUGUGCUAUCCAUCUCAUGUGUUUUGAGACUGCAUAUGUUAGUUUGUGUAUGCAUGUGUUUUCAAAACAGUAUGUGUAUCGGAGUGAUGGGUAUGCGUUAGGUGUUAGGUGUGGUGGAAGCAUGUGUUUGAGGGAAUUAUGAGAUAUUUGAAGGUUGCUGUGUGCACGUUUGGGGGUCUGUAAAGAUAGUUGCGUGCAUGGACGUGUGCCUGGGGAGAAAGAAUGGGGUUAAGAUACCCCCUCCCAGCCCUGAGACUAUUGGUCACUGUUGACCACCUCCAACAGGAGACCUUGUCCUUGGCCUAGAGUCCUCCCACCCUUGGGGGGUUCCUGCCUGAGGUACUCAGAAUCCCACUGUGACAGACCCAGGCAGUGCCCCAGGAAGCCAUGCUAGGCCCCCACCAGGGCCUAUCCCCAAAGCAGGGGCCAGGGAGGGGGCGACUUGCCUGCCCCUGAAGCCCCUGUUCCCAUUGGCCCCAGUUUGCAUUCUGCAGGUUUUCCAUUUUAGUGGAUUCUGCUUUUAUUUCAGAGACAGACAUGUGUCUUCUCUGUCCGUUUCCAAUAGUUAAAGCCAUAUCAGUUAGACUGCAAUACUUUAAAGACGAGACAAAACAAUCCAUAUGUUUAGGGAACAGAAAAGUCCCCUGGUCUGUCCCUUCUUUGGGGAGCAGGGCCUCGGCAGCUCCAGCUCCCUGGACUUACCUUCCUCCCUGCACCCCCACCCCCACCUUGUGCUCCUAUGUCCAGCCCCCCAGGGGCCUGUGUCUGUGUCUGUGCCCGUGUCUGUGAUGGGGAGCCACCUCGCACCCCUGUUGUCUGCUUGUCUGUUUGUGUCUGUUAUCCUGGGCAGGAUGGUCAGUCUCAAGAACCCUGGGGUCCUGGGCCAGAGACAGGCAGGGCCAAGUCUAGGGGGCCACAGGCCUCCCCAGCCCCUGUGUAUGAGCCCCACUUGGACACAAGUAUUCAGAGAGGUCCCCUGCCCCUGACACUUGACAGGGGUCUUCAAACCUCAAUGAUGAUGCCAGGACACAGAGAGUACCAGAGGGGUCGGAGAGACCAAGGCACAGGGUGCUUCAGAUGAGCAAGAGAACCCAGUCAAACCAGAUAUCCCAGCUGGGCCAGAGGGAUCCCAGACCCUCAGAGGGCUGCCCUGUUGGUCUCCACAGUGCAGUCCCUCUGUAUUUCCAGAGUGGGAUCGGGGCUUUUCAGCCCCACUCUGAUGCCUGCCCUCCAGGAUGGCUGCUUAGUCUAGUUUCAUGUCCCAGACCCCUCUAUUCUGCUCUGGGACAGCAGGACUUGAGGUCUUCCUGGGGGUGGGUAUCGGGGAGAAUUUCUGCCUGGCACACACCUGGCUCUGACCACUGCCAAGUGAUCACUCUUAGACCCAGGGGAACACAAUGACGAUCAUGACUGAUACAGACCUGGCUAUGGAGAGCAGCUGAUGCAUGGCCCAGAGAGCAUGUCUGCGUGCAGCACGUUGGUAGUGCACAGAAUACAUGAGGGGUGCUCUAGGAGGAUCGGGAUGCUCACAGGGUCGCCUGGGAGGUGAGGUGUGUGUCAACGCACUGGAUGGGAGGGAAAUGAGUGUGCACACACAAAUGGGUCAAUGUGCAUGUGACAGACAGGGGAGAAGAGGCCCCGGAAUUCAGCACACAUACAACACACAGGGGAGAGAACCCCCAGGUAGGAAAAUAGGAAGGAGCAAUCAUUUGUAGGUGGAUGAGAAAGCAGUGAGGUGCAAGGGACGUGCACCAGGUGAGGUGGGCAUGCAAGCUCUUGGGGAAGGCCCCAGGCUCUGUGCCUGGGAGGCACUGCCAGAGAGAAGGAAAAAGGCGGCUGCAGAUCACCCUGUGCUGGGGAUGGUGACAGGUCAGGAUCUCCCAACAUGGACAUCCUCCACUGCAAGUCCAGAAGCUCCCAGAAGGUAUCCUUAACAGCAAAGCUGUGCAGGGUACUCCUCCAGAUGGAAUCAGGAAGUCGGUACGCCAUCCCAGGUGUAUAUAAAAGAGAGGAUGGGAGAGUGACAGAAGCAUUGUAGCCCAGGGCCCCUAUCAGGGGGACAGCUGGUGGGCAAAGCAGCCACCCCACAGGCUUGUGGCUAGAGUACAGUGGGGUGGACCCCCCAGCCCUAGAGCCCUGGCACCCAGCUGGCAGGGUUGCCCACCCCCAUUGUCCACCUGCUCCAUCCUCUAGGGUUCCACAGGCCCUUGACUGCACAGGGAGGCUGGGGUCAGCCUGGACUCCCAGGCCUGAGGACAUGCCUCUCACCAAAUGUCCUCUGCUCUAGUCCUACUCCUGUCACCCCACGCUCUUCACUGGGGAGAGAAUGGGAGGUGCUCGUGCUGGCCCUGGGUGGGAGCAGGGAGUUCUAGUGAGACCCAGAUGAGAUCGACCAUCCUGCUCACAUAGGGGAACCUUUCCCACAUUUGUGCUGUGUCAUUGUUGCUCUGCUUCCUUUCAAUGUGUCAGUGCCUGGGGGGAGGGAAGGAGCACCCCCUCAGCCCCCCGAACCUGACCAAAAGCCAUGGCUGUUGCUCCCCCCUUUGUAUGAUGCAAAUGCUGAGAUGUACAAAAUCAACCAUAAUGACAAAGAAAAAGACCUUGUACAGCA